GUCCAGCAUCAUCGCAGCCUCACAGGGACCGUGGCCGCCAUUUUGGCUUUUGGGUGCCCCAGUGGCGCUUCCGUGUGUGGAUGCUGAGGUAAACAAGGCGAAGCAGGCGACGACGACAGCCACCACCUCUGACUCUGAAAGGGGAAGGCGCUGCCCUUGUUCAUCCAAUUGCUUACAUUUAACAGCCGUAAGGACGGAAACACCAUUCGGGGGAAGUUAACGGUCCGUCGGAGCGUGGAGGAGGCGUUGUCCGCUCAGCUGUGCCCGAGGCUUCCGCUGGGCCGGGCCAGCCACCGAUGAGGCGGCAGCCGGGAAAGCAGCGCGCCCCCGGCCGGGUUAAAAACGGAGCGGCCUCCCCGCCGCCACCGACAGAAUGAAGCGAGGAAGGAAAAACAGCAAGCCUGGCAGUCAUUUAUCAGAUGAAGAGAAUAUAGUGGAGAGCAAAAAAAUAAAAAAUAAAGAUAAAGAAUCAGUGGAAGAUUUUCAGAACCUGGAUUGGGGCAACCUCAUUCCAGAGAUUGUUCUGCAGGUGUUUCAGUAUUUGCCUCUUCUUGAUCGAGCUCAUGCAUCACAAGUCUGCCGUAGGUGGAACCAAGUGUUCCACAUGCCUGAACUGUGGAGAUAUUUUGAGUUUGAACUGAAUCAGCCAGCUACAUCGUACUUCAAGGCUACUCAUCCAGAGCUCAUCAAGCAAAUUAUCAAAAGGCAUUCCAAUCAUCUACAGUAUGUCAUCUUCAAGGUGGACAGCAGCAAGGAAUCAGCUGAAGCAGCAUGUGAUAUUUUAUCACAGCUUGUGAAUUGUUCUUUAAAAACAUUAGGACUAAUUUCAACAGCUCGACCAAGCUUCAUGGAUUUACCAAAGUCACACUUUAUUUCUGCACUGACUGUGGUGUUUGUAAACUCGAAAUCGCUUUCUUCACUUAAGAUAGAUGAUACACCAGUAGAUGACCCAUCUCUCAAGGUACUAGUGGCAAACAACAGUGAUACCCUGAAACUGUUAAAGAUGAGCAGUUGCCCUCAUGUUUCUCCAGCAGGUAUCCUCUGUGUGGCUGAUCAGUGCCACGGUUUACGUGAGCUUGCAUUGAACUAUCAUCUGCUAAGUGACGAACUCCUCCUUGCUUUGUCUUCUGAAAAACACGUCAGAUUAGAACAUUUGCGCAUUGAUGUAGUCAGUGAGAAUCCUGGACAGAGACAUUUCCACACAAUUGAGAAGAGCAGCUGGGAUGCUUUUAUCAGACAUUCUCCAAAAGUAAAUUUAGUCAUGUAUUUUUUCUUAUAUGAAGAAGAAUUUGAUCCAUUCUUCCGUUAUGAAAUACCUGUCACUCACCUUUAUUUUGGGAGAUCUGUCAGCAAAGAAGUACUUGGCCGGGUUGGAAUGACGUGCCCUCGACUUGUUGAACUUGUGGUAUGUGCCAAUGGAUUACAGCCACUGGAUGAAGAAUUGAUUCGCAUUGCAGAGCGUUGUAAAAAUCUGUCAGCUAUUGGCCUUGGGGAAUGUGAAGUUUCCUGCAGUGCCUUUGUUGAGUUUGUGAAGAUGUGUGGUGGCCGCUUAUCUCAGUUAUCUAUCAUGGAAGAGGUCUUGAUUCCUGACCAGAAAUACAGUUUGGAGCAGAUUCAUUGGGAAGUGUCAAAACAUCUAGGUAGAGUUUGGUUUCCAGAUAUGAUGCCCACAUGGUAGAGUCUCCGAAGAAGGCAUGUGGAACAGUACUUUCACUUUUGAGCAUCCCAUGGAGAAACUUAAUCACAUAAGCUAAUAUGAUACUGUUGAGUUUGUAAAAUUUCUGAGACAAUCUAUGUGCAAUUCAAUGUUUAUUUUUAAUAUCCAGGUUUUAGGGUGGAAUCUGGGGAUGAUCUGAAACACUUGUUCAUAUAAAAUUUUCGUUUGCUCAUUUUCCACUGAGACAGACCCUAAAAAUUUGUAGAAACUUAAAUAAGUUGACUUAUUCAAAUGCUGUAGUUUCAGAUUUGGAAGAAAUUUUAACCUGGUACUUUGAUCUAGGUUUGUAAACUGACUGAAAUGCAUUUGCAAGCAUAAAAUAAAAAUUUUAUUGUUGACUUUUGAA